AUGAGCCGCAUCACACUCGCCAUGGCUACUUCCUCCAUCCUGCUCAUCUUCCUCCUCGCCGGCCUUGCCGCCGCCGACGCCAACACCAUCCGUCUCCCCAGCGACGGCGAAUCCGGCGACGGUACACUGACACGGCCAGCCAAACCGUGGGACUGCUGCGACAACGUCGAGCAGUCGCUGUUAAGGAUCUUCCCUCCGCUGUACCGCUGCAACGACGAGGUCCAGCAGUGCGCCGCCGCCUGCAAGGAGUGCGUGGAGGCCCCCGGCGACUUCCCCCGCGGCGCCUUCGUCUGCCGCGACUGGUACGCGACGGUGGACCCCGGCCCCACGUGCGCGCCGGCGCUGGGCCAGCCGACGGACAAGAGGCCGUGGAAGUGCUGCGACAGCGUCGUGCAGCUGCCGGCGAAGAUCUCGCCACCGUUCUGGCGCUGCAACGACGAGCUGGAGCCCAGCCAGUGCACGGCCGCGUGCAAGGUGUGCCAGGAGGCGCCGGGACCUUUCCCGGGGCCGCUGAUCUGCGAGGACGUGUACUGGGGCGCGGACCCGGGGCCCCUGUGCACGGAGAGGCCAUGGGGGAAAUGCUGCGACAACGCCGCCUGCACCAAGUCGAUCCCUCCGAUCUGCCGCUGCGACGACGAGGUGGCGUCGUGCGCCGCCGCGUGCAGCAAGUGCGAGAGGGUGGAGUCGUCGAGGCCACCUCGCUACGUGUGCAAGGACCAGUUCACCGGCCAGCCAGGCCCCAAGUGCAAACGCGCGCUAGCUAACUGAUCGUCGUCGUCGAUCCGUUGGAGUUUCGUCCAGCAAUCAAUAAAACGCAGCAGCCGAUCGAUCCAUCGUUCAGAGUUUGCUGUAGCUAGCAACAGCUCCAUUAGUUCAGAGCUUGUGCUUCUCUUUGUGCUUGAGUCAGUGUGUGGGUCAUGGGUGUGCGUCUCUUUGUGUGUUCCGUCGGACGUGUGAUCCAUGCAUGUAGUAGUGACCAAGAGGAAGAAUAAAAUAUGCAAUUAUCCCUGAACAUGGGUUGAUUUGUCUCAUGUCACUAUAAAUAAG